AUGGAUCGCAUUGAAAAGUUUCUUGGAAGACGACCGAUCAAAAACAGACGCAAAGUCAAAUGCAAUGGGAGAGAGCAUGUGAUAACCAAGGAAGACUUGAAAGUGAUCAGAGCGUUUAGAAAGAACGUUUGUAUGGAUCCGGAUGUUGAUUUAUAUAGACCGUUGAAUCUGAGCUUCAGCAGAAAGACAAUGAAUGGGCCAAUACUAGAAAAGAAAGAACGUAAAGAUAAGAGUCAGAGCACAUAUUACACACCAAGAAUACUUAGAAAGAGUAUAAGACAAUACAUACCACAGAAGGAUUGCGAACAACUAGUUAAUACGAUAUUGGAUGUAUGGGAAGAUGAGGGAAUGGAUGAUUUGAAUGCAUAUGAGCAAGAUAUCUUUGUGAAUACGGAGGAGCAGUAUACUGGUGCUGUUGAAAAGUUGUCAUAUAGAACUGAAGAUCUCAAGAAAAGCCUCAGGAGGAUAUACUUGAGGUUAUAUGAUCCAAGAGAGAAGAAGGAGUUCAAACUUAAAGAUUUUGUCAAGGAAAUGCCAAAGCCAGAAACACUUGGCCCAUUCCCGAAAGAAAUUGGAUUGUCGUAUUGCUUUGAUCAUCCAGUUAGGAUCAAUGUUCAUGAAAGUCAUCGGAUGUUUGCAUCAUGCAAGGGUCGUGUAUUAGAGGUUUAUGAGUUUGAUGGGUUUGUUAAGGUUGUUGAGAUUGUGUUUGACUCAGAUGUAAGAGCAGCAAGAUUUGCAAUUGAUGGGUUGAUUUGUGUACUUGUGGGAGAUUCUGCAUACAUUGUGAGCCUUGAAUAUGAAAUAACCAACACUGAGAUGAUUGCAGAUGCAUUCAGUUUAGUGGAGAUGAAACAGAGGAAACGGAGCAUUAACGGAUGGGACGAGCAACUAUGCACUUGUGCUGUGUUGAAGAGUAGCAAGAAAGUGAACAAUAUAGAAGUGCAUCAGAAUGGAAAGUAUCUUGGAGUAGUGAGUGGAAAGGAAAUAACGGUAUGUGAUCUAACGAAGUGGAAGGCAAUGAAGAUAUGCCUGGACAGGGGGAAAACUCCACUGAAGAUGAGAUUUCAUAGAACACUUUCUAGGAUAAUUGUAUCUACGACCAACUCGAUUAUUGUCUAUGACCUUGUGACUCGAAAGACUGUGUGCGAGGGUGUAGGGAUGUCAUUUGUAUUUGACUUCUGCCUUGUGAAUGAGAAUGUGGUUGCAUUAGUAAACAACCUGAAUAAGGUGGUGUUGUAUGAUCACGUGAGGAAUGAGAUCCUAAGGACGAUGGUUCAAGAGCAGAUUGGGAUUGAGGUAGCACAUCAUAGAAAAUACAAUCUGAUGUGUGUGUCGUAUCCAACUGAGAUGAUUGUAUUCUACAACGAUAUUUCGAACGAUCUUGUUGUUCCAUUGCAUAGGAUUAGCGGAAAGUACAGGGACUUAGCAUUUCAUCCUGUGCUUCCAUGGCUGUACGGAAUCAGUGGAAAAAUGCUGUAUGUUUUUACUUAG